AUGUGGGCCGCGCGGGCCGCCGUCCUCCUGGGGGUCGGGCUCUCUCGCGUGGCUCGCAGCCUCCGGUCACCGAGGGUCACGCUCCCGCUGCCGUUCCAACCCCAGCACGGGCUCGCCUCUGUAGGACAUGGGGGUGCGCAGGGCCAGGAGGGGCGAGGGGGCGGGCAGUGGGGCCCAGGAACUAAAGGCCGGAGGAGCCGGGCGGGAGAAGAGAAAGAGGAAGAGCCAGACGAUGCGGGAGAAGAUGAGGCGCUGCUGAAGAGGGAGCCUUUGUUGCCGGCGGGGACGCAGCGCGUGUGUUUGAUUCACCCUGAGGUCAAGUGGGGACCCGGGAAGCCCCAGCUUACACAAGCCAAGUGGCAGGUUGCAGAGGCAGAGGCACUGGUAGGCACCCUAGAUAACUGGUCAGUGGUGGAGACAUUGGUGAUACCCAUGAAAACACCUGACAGGAAGCUUUUGUUCAGCAAAGGAACCCUGGAGCACCUGACAGAGACAAUCCGAGGGUCCUCAGAGAUCACAGCUGUCUUCCUGAAUGUGGAGCGGCUGGCUGCACCCACUCAGAAAGAACUGGAAACUCUAUGGGGCGUGCGGGUGUUGGACCGGUUCACCGUGGUGCUUCACAUCUUCCGCUGCAAUGCAAGGACGCAGGAGGCCCAGCUGCAGGUGGCCCUGGCAGAGCUGCCCCUCCUGAGGUCCAACCUGAAAGAUGGCAGCAGCUGCUUGGAGCACAGAGGGGGCUCUCGCUAUAUCAUGGGGUCAGGAGAAUCUUUCAUGCAGGUCCAGAAACGCCUCUUAAGAGAGAAGGAAAUGAAGAUACGGAAGGCCCUGGAGAAACUCAGGAGUAAAAGACGCCUCUUGGGGCGGCAGCGGCAACAGCGGGAGCUGCCAGUCAUUUCAGUGGUGGGAUACACUAACUGUGGAAAAACCACACUGGUGAAGGCACUGACGGGGGAUGCUGCCAUCCAGCCCCAGGACCAGCUGUUUGCCACACUGGAUGUGACAGCCCAUGCAGGGUCACUGCCCUCCCGCAUGACUGUCAUCUACAUGGACACCAUUGGCUUCCUCUCCCAGCUGCCCCAUGGCCUCAUUGAGUCCUUUUCUGCCACCCUGGACGAUGUGGCCCAUUCGGAUGUUAUCAUCCACGUAAGAGACAUGAGCCACCCUGAAGCCGAGCUGCAGAAGGCCUGUGUCCUGUCCACGCUGCGUGGCCUGCACCUGCCCGCCCCACUCCUUGCCUCCAUCGUGGAAGUUCACAACAAGGUGGACCUGGUACCUGGGUACUGUCCCACAGGGCCACAUGCUGUGGCUGUGUCUGCCCUUCUGGGACAAGGGUUGGAGGAGCUGAAAGCUAAAUUGGAAGAUGCUGUUUUGAUGGCAACAGGGAAACAGAUUCUCACCUUCCGAGUCCAUCUGGAUGGUCCACAGCUCAGCUGGCUGCAUGCAGAGACCACAGUGCAGGAGGUAGCCGUGUUCCCUGAAGCUGGCACAGCUGACGUCACAGUCAUCAUAAGCAGCUCUGCUCUGGGCAAGUUCAGAAAGCUCUUUCCAGAGUGACAGACGGUCCCAGGAGUGGAGUGGUGCUGCCUCCAGUUUCCAUCUGCACCCACGGGUGGUUGAUGUGAAACAGUUCCUCACUGGCUAUGAUGUCUCAGAGCAGGAGGGGAAAGGCUGUAUGUCUGCGUGUGGAAGCCUGUCUGCCCGCUCUGCUGCCAGCCCUUGGUGAGUUCAGAGGUGCUUCUCGCCUGUCGGGCCCUGUCUCACUCACUCAGCAGUCCAGGCCUGCUGCCCCCUCACCACACAGUGUCAGAGACAGAACUAAAAACAAGGGGCCUGGUGCCCACAAAUGUGUGGGACAUCCAUGUAUCUGCCAAGCCAGGUGUGUACAUCCAUGCACAUAAGGCCUGGGUCAGUCACCUCUCGUGAUUGUGGCAGGCCACAUACUCUUCUUUGUAGAAAAUAGAAAACUUCCAGCAUC